ACUCCAGUCAUAUUUUUCCACGUAGGACACAUUUAGUAAAUAGGAUGCUAAAACUAUAUUAAAUACCCGUAACCGGGUAGGAAAAUAGAUACGAAUACGUGUCUUAUGAAGGUUUAGUCAUCUAAAUAAACAAAUGCGUCGUCAACCGUGGACAUAACUUUUCCCAUUCACUACUUUCACUCGUCCCAAUUUAGCCAAAUUUAUUUCAGUCCCAUUAAACUUUCUUGGGCUUAUUUAUUAAUAAUUCUAAAAAUGGAUUCUUCCCCAGUAUUUUACGAUCCCAAUCAAAACGUCGUUAUCGAGCGUUGCCACGACAUUCAGAAGCAGUUUAAAAACUACGUUAUCAUCAUGGCGAUAAAUCUUGUCUGCUAUAAUUGCUUACUUUUCUGUACAGAUCCGUAUCUCUUGACGCGAAGGCGAAUCGGCUAUUCCAUCCUGGUAAUUGUGGGCUUGUGGAGCUUCGGAUUCUGCGUCUACAUUUAUUUCGAGAUGAAGAAAAUUAUGAAGCAUUUGAAACCAGUUCCGAUACAACUGAAAAAUAUGCGAAAUAACGAAAAACCUAUGCAAAAUAUCAAAUCUCGUGAUAUGACAACGUGGCAAUACAAGGACCAAUUCCGACUUCCCAUCCACCAGAAUAAAGGCGAGAAUGUGGUAAAAUUCCAAAUAGUAUUCAAGCUAGAUUGGGACUUGGAGGCAUCAGCUUUUGAUGCAAAAUCACUCCCACAGGAGGACGGUGAUGGUGGAGAGCUUGCCAAAUUCUGGCGUGGUUUGCAAAAAUCAGCGGAUGAGGAGGUGUCCACAAUCGUGAAAUGCCUGCGUGGGAAGAAAGAAAUCAUAUGCACCGGGCAACACCUGGAAUAAUUUUCGAGCUAAAAUUGGGAUUUCCAGUAGAUACAUAUGUAGUACUUUUAGUAUAAAAAGCUGUAGUCAAAACGUUAGUGUUUUAGAUGCAUACAAUAAUACAAUCUUUUUACUUCACAGAUAUAUGUACAUAUUUAUAUUUAUAUCUACUUGUAUAAUUGAAAUUGGCGUACUCACGUCAACGGCUUGUCUCUCUCAUAGUAAAUGGUUUACCAAAUAGUUUACAAUAUAUUUUUGUGAAAUAUAUGUACAUGUAAUUUUUCCAAUUUGCUGGGUAAAUUUUUGAACAAAAAUCAAAAACGUUAGCAAGAGAUUUGUGAAAUCGCUCAAAUCUCGCAGUAUGUAUUUGGUUAUGCCAAAUUGAUAUGCUCAAUUUAUAAGAUUUGCAAUGAUUGUCGUGAGUACGCCAAAUGUUUCUGAUUUUAUUUAUUUUUAUAGCCUUUUCGUGUCUUAUUCCUCCAUAAUGGACUUUUAUAUCCCAUGCGUGUGAAAGAAGUCUGUAAAAUUUAAGUCCAGUUUAUCCAAAUCUCCAAACCAUUAUUCAAACCUGACAAUAAAUUACUUUGACAUUACUUAUAAAAGCAAAAAAUAA